AUGCCCGAGGAGCUGUGUAACCUUGGACGCCUCUUCCUCUUCUCUGGGAGCAGUGGGUCUGCUGACCGCCUUGCCGCUGAUUGGGGCCAGUACUGCGACAUCUGCACAGCUGCGAACAGUAACAAGGCCCACCCUGUGAGCAAUGCCAUUGAUGGUACAGAGCGCUGGUGGCAGAGCCCGCCACUGUCCCGCGGCCUGGAGUACAACGAGGUCAACAUCACCCUGGACCUGGGCCAGGUGUUCCACGUGGCCUACGUGCUCAUCAAGUUUGCCAACGCCCCACGGCCUGACCUGUGGGUGCUGGAGCGCUCCACGGACCUGGGCCGCACCUACCAGCCGUGGCAGUUCUUUGCCUCCUCCAAGAGGGACUGUCUGGAGCGAUUCGGGCCUCAUACACUGGAGCGCAUCACGCAGGACGACGAUGUCAUCUGUACCACUGAGUACUCGCGCAUAGUGCCCCUGGAGAACGGCGAGAUUGUGGUGUCCCUGGUGAACGGGCGUCCAGGGGCAAUGAACUUCUCCUACUCGCCACUGCUGCGCGAGUUCACCAAAGCCACCAACAUCCGCCUGCGCUUCCUGCGGACCAACACGCUGCUGGGCCACCUCAUGGGCAAGGCGCUGCGAGACCCCACAGUCACCCGCCGGUACUAUUACAGCAUCAAAGACAUCAGUAUUGGUGGCCGCUGUGUCUGCCAUGGCCAUGCGGACGUCUGUGAUGCCAAAGACCCUUUGGACCCUUUCAGACUGCAGUGCGCCUGUCAGCACAACACAUGCGGGGGCUCCUGUGACCGCUGCUGUCCUGGCUUCAACCAGCAGCCCUGGAGACCGGCCACUGCUGACAGUGCCAACGAGUGCCAAUCCUGUAACUGCCACAGCCAUGCCCACGACUGUUACUACGAUCCUGAGGUGGACCGGCGCAAUGCCAGCCAGAACCGGGACAAUGUCUAUCAGGGUGGGGGUGUCUGCAUCGACUGCCAGCAUCACACCACCGGCAUCAACUGUGAGCGCUGCCUGCCUGGCUUCUAUCGCUCCCCGGACCACCCGCUCGACUCACCCCACGUCUGUCGCCGCUGCAACUGCCAGUCGGACUUCACCGAUGGGACGUGUGAGGACCUGACCGGCCGCUGCUACUGCCGGCCCAACUUCACGGGGGAGCAGUGCGACGCGUGUGCUGAGGGCUUCACGGGCUUCCCGCUGUGCUACCCGGUGCUCUCCUCCCGCAAUGACACUGGCAAGCAGGUGCUGCCAGCUGGACAGAUUGUGAACAGUGACUGCAGCGCCACAGGGAUGCAGGGAGACGCGUGCUGGAAGGACCCACAGCUGGGGCAUUAAACGUGCAGACCCGGCUCCCAGGGCACGCACUGUGACCUUCUGUGCACAUGGCUUCUGGGGCCUGGGCUGCCGUGCCAGUGUUCCAGCCCUGGAGUGGCAGAUGGCCACUGCGACCCUGACUCAGGCCAGUGCAACUGCCGGGUGGGCUUUGAGGGGGCUGCAUGUGACCGCUGCGCCCCCGGCUACUUCCACUUCCCUCUCUGCCAGCUGUGCGGCUGCAGCCCCGUGGGGACCCUGCCUGAAGGAUGUGAUGAGGCUGGCCGCUGCCUGUGCCGGCCCGAGUUUGAUGGCCCUCAAUGUGACCGCUGCCGCCCAGGCCACCACGGUUACCCUGACUGCCAUGCCUGCACCUGCGACCCCCAGGGAGCCCUGGACGAGCUCUGUGGGGCGGGUGGUUCGUGUCGCUGCCGUCCUGGCUACACAGGCACCGCCUGUCAGGAGUGCAGCCCUGGCUUCCACGGCUUCCCCGACUGUGCCCCCUGCCACUGCUCUGCCGACGGCUCCCUGCACACAGUCUGCGACCCCCGGAGUGGGCAGUGCAGCUGCCGACCCCGUGUGACAGGGCUGCAGUGCGACACAUGUGAGCCUGGAGCCUACAACUUCCCCUACUGCGAAGCUGGAUCCUGCCACCCUGCCGGCCUGGCCCCAGCCAACCCUGCCCUUCCUGAGGCACUGGCCCCCUGUACGUGCCGGGCUCAUGUAGAGGGGCCAAGCUGUGAUCGCUGCAAACCUGGGUUCUGGGGGCUGAGCCCCAGCAACCCUGAGGGCUGCACGCGCUGCAGCUGUGACCCCAGGGGCACCCUGGGUGGAGUUGCCGAGUGCCAGCUGGGCAGCGGCCAGUGCUUCUGCAAGCCCCAUGUGUGUGGCCAGACCUGCGCGGCAUGCAAGGACGGCUUCUUUGGGCUGGACCAUGCUGACUACUUCGGCUGCCGCGGCUGCCGCUGUGAUGUUGGCGGUGCUCUGGGUCAGAGCUGUGAACCAAGGACGGGCACCUGCCGAUGCCGCCCCAACACCCAGGGCCCUACCUGCAGCGAGCCGGCGAGAGACCAUUAUCUGCCUGACCUGCACCACCUGCGGCUGGAGCUGGAGGAGGCUGCCACGCCCAAGGGCCAUACCAUGCGCUUUGGCUUCAACCCCUUGGAGUUCGAGAACUUCAGCUGGAGGGGCUAUGCUCAAAUGUCACCCAUCCAGCCCAGAAUCAUGGCCAGGCUGAAUGUGACCUCCCCUGAUCUUUUCCGGCUGGUCUUCCGAUACGUCAACCGUGGCCCCACACCUGUCAGUGGGCGGGUCUCCGUGCGGGAGGAGGGCAGGUUUGCCUCCUGUGCCAACUGCACGGAGCAGAGCCAGCCUGUGGCUUUCCCACCCAGCACGGAGCCUGCCUUCGUCACUGUGCCCCAGAGGGGCUUUGGGGAGCCCUUUGUGCUGAACCCCGGUGUAUGGGUCCUGCUCGUGGAAGCCGAAGGGGUGCUCCUGGACUACGUGGUUCUGCUGCCCAGUGCCUACUAUGAAGCGGCCCUCCUGCAGCUGCGGGUGACCGAGGCCUGCACGUACCACCCCUCCACCCAGCGCUCUGGGGAGAACUGCCUCCUCUAUGUCCACCUCCCCUUGGAUGGCUUCCCUUCGGCCGCUGGGCCCGAAGCCCUGUGUCGCCAUGACAACAGCCUACCCCAGCCCUGCCCCACAGAGCAGCUGAGUCCCUCCCACCCGCCGCUGGCUGCCUGCCUUGGCAGUGAUGUGGAUGUCCAGCUCCAGGUGACAGUGCCACGGCCCGGCCGCCACGCCCUGGUGGUGGAGUACGCCAAUGAGGACGCCCGCCAGGAGGUGGGCGUGGCCGUGCACACCCCUGGGCAGGCCCCCCAGCAGGGGGCGCUCACCCUCCACCCCUGCCCGUACAGCACCCUGUGCCGGGGCGCUGCCCGGGACACCCAGCACCACCUGGCCGUCUUCCACCUGGCCUCGGAGGCCAGCAUCCAGCUAACAGCCGAGCAAGCACACUUCUUCCUGCACAGCAUUACCUUGGUGCCUGUGGAGGACUUCAGCACAGAAUUUGUGGAGCCACGGGUACACUGCAUCAGCAACCACGGCACCUUCGGCCCAAGCAGGUCCUCCUGCCUGUCUUCUCGCUUCCUGAAGCCGCCCCAGCCCAUCCUCCUCAGGGACUGCCACGUGCUGCCGCUGCCGCCCAGCCUCCCGCUGACCCACUCGCAAGAUCUCGCACCAGGUGCACCCCCAGCUGGACCCCAGCCUCGGCCCCCCACUGCUGUGGACCCCAACACAGAGCCCACCCUGCUGCGCCACCCCCAGGGCACCGUGGUCUUCACCACUCACGUGCCCACCCUGGGCCGCUACGCCUUCCUGCUGCACGGCUACCAGCCUGCUCACCCCACCUUCCCCGUGGAGGUCCUCGUCAAUGGGGGCCGCGUCUGGCAGGGCCAUGCCAAUGCCAGCUUCUGCCCACACGGCUACGGCUGCCGCGCCCUGGUGGUGUGUGAGGGUCAGACCCUCCUGGACGUGACUGACAACGAGCUCACUGUCACCUUGCGUGUGCCCAAGGGUCGCUGGCUCUGGCUGGAUUAUAUCCUGGUGGUGCCUGAGGAUGCCUACAGCUCCAGCUACCUCCAGGAGGAGCCCCUGGACAAAUCCUACGACUUCAUCAGCCACUGCGCUGCCCACGGCUAUCACAUCAGCCCCAGCAGCUCGUCCCUGUUCUGCCGAAAUGCUGCCACCUCUCUCUCCCUCUUCUACAACAAUGGGGCCCGGCCUUGUGGCUGCCACGAAGUGGUGGGUGCUACGGGCCCCACGUGUGAGCCCUUCGGGGGCCAGUGCCCCUGCCGUGCCCACGUCAUUGGUCGUGCCUGCUCCCGCUGUGCCACCGGCUACUGGGGCUUCCCCCACUGCAGACCCUGCGACUGCGGUGCCCGCCUCUGCGACGAGCUCACGGGCCAGUGCAUCUGCCCGCCGCGCACCAUCCCACCCGACUGCCUGGUCUGCCAGCCCCAGACAUUCGGCUGCCACCCUGUGGUGGGCUGUGAGGCAUGCAACUGCUCAGGGCCUGGUGUUCAGGAACUCAUGGACCCAACCUGCGACGUGGACAGCGGCCAGUGCAAGUGCAGACCCAACGUGGCUGGGCGCCGCUGUGACACUUGUGCUCCAGGCUUCCAUGGCUACCCCAGCUGCCGCCCCUGCGACUGUCACAAGGGGGGCACAGUGCCCGGCGUGUGCGACCCUCUCACAGGCCAGUGUUACUGCAAGGAGAACGUGCAGGGCUCAAGGUGUGACCAGUGCCGCCUGGGGACCUUCUCCCUUGAUGCUGCCAACCCCAAAGGCUGUACCCGUUGCUUCUGCUUCGGGGCCACAGAGCACUGCAGGAGCUCAGUCCACACUCGCCAGGAGUUCGUGGACAUGGAGGGCUGGGUGCUGCUGAGCGGUGAGCGGCAGGUUGUGCCCCAUGAGCGGCAGGCGGGUACAGAGCUGCUCUAUGCGGACCUGCGGCACAUGCCGGACGCCUUCCCUGAACUGUACUGGCAGGCCCCACUCUCUUACCUGGGGGACCGGGUGUCGUCCUAUGGUGGGACCCUCCACUAUGAACUGCACUCAGAGACCCAGCGCGGAGAUGUGUUCAUCCCCACAGAGAGCAGGCCGGACGUGGUGCUGCAGGGCAACCAGAUGAGCAUCACGUUCCUGGAGCCAGCGUACCCUGCACCUGGGCACAUUCACCACGGGCAGCUGCAGCUGGUGGAGGGGAACUUCCGGCACACGGAGACCCACAAUGCUGUGUCCCGCGAGGAGCUCAUGAUGGUGCUGGCAGGCCUGGAGCAGCUGCAGAUCCGUGCCCUCUUCUCACAGACCUCCUCAGCCGUCUCCCUGGGCAGGGUGGCACUGGAGGUGGCCAGCGAGGUGGGCGGGGGGCCUCCAGCCAGCAAUGUGGAGCUGUGCAUGUGCCCUGCCAACUACCAUGGGGAUUCGUGCCAGGAAUGUGCUCCUGGCUAUUACCGGGACAUCAAAGGUCUCUUCCUGGGCCGAUGUGUCCCCUGUCGGUGCCACGGCCAUUCAGACCGCUGUCUCCCUGGCUCUGGCAUCUGCGUGGGCUGCCAGCACAACACCGAGGGGGACCACUGCGAGCGCUGCCAGGCCGGCUUUGUGAGCAGCAGGUCCGAGGACCCCACAGCUCCCUGCAUCAGCUGCCCUUGCCCACUUGCAGUGCCAUCCAACAACUUCGCUGAGGGCUGCAUCCUGAGAGGUGGCCGCACACAGUGCCUCUGCAAGCCGGGCUACGCAGGGGCCUCUUGUGAGCGGUGUGCACCCGGCUUCUUUGGGAACCCACUGGUGCUGGGCAGCUCGUGUCAGCCCUGUGACUGCAGUGGCAAUGGUGACCCCAACAUGCUCUUCAGUGACUGUGACCCCCUGACGGGCGCCUGCCGCGGCUGCCUGCGCCACACCACUGGAACCCGCUGCGAGAGUUGCGCUCCUGGCUUCUAUGGCAACGCCCUGCUGCCUGGCAACUGCACCCGGUGCGACUGCUCCCCAUGUGGGACAAAGGCCUGCGACCCCCACAGCGGGCGCUGCCUAUGCAAGGCGGGCGUGGCAGGGCGGCGCUGUGACAGCUGUCAGGAAGGACACUUCGGCUUCGACAGCUGUGGGGGCUGCCGCCCAUGCGCCUGUGGACCGGCCGCUGAGGGCCCCGAGUGCCACCCCCAGAGCGGGCAGUGCCGCUGCCGACCAGGGGCUGGGGGACCCCAUUGUCGCGAGUGUGCUCCUGGCCACUGGGGGCUCCCUGAGCAGGGCUGCAGGCGCUGCCAGUGCCCGGAGGGCCACUGCGACCCACACACGGGCCGCUGCACCUGCCCUGCGGGGCUCAGCGGGGAGCGCUGUGAUACCUGCAGCCAGCAGCACCAGGUGCCCGUGCCAGGAGGGCCAGGGGGCCACGGUGUCCACUGCGAAGUGUGUGAUCACUGUGUAGUCCUGCUCCUGGAUGACCUGGAGCGGGCCGCUGCCCUCCUGCCGGCCAUCCGUGAACAGCUGCGCAGCAUCAACGCCAGCUCCAUGGCCUGGGCCCGGUUGCACAGGCUGGAAGCCUCUAUUACUGACCUGCAGAGCCAGCUCCGGAUCCCCCUGGACCCCCGCCAUGAGACAGCCCGGCAGCUGGAAGCACUGGAGCGGCAAAGUGCAAGCCUCGGGCAGGACGCACAGCAGCUGGGCAGCCAGGCCGCGGGGUCCCGAGACCGGGCGGGCCAGCUGCUGGACAGCGCAGAUGCCACACUGGGCCGGGCGCAGACACUGCAGGUGGCCAUCCAGGCGGCGGCCCGCGCCCUGAGCGAGCUUGAGUCUCAGACAGGCCACCUGUUGCCGGCAAACGCCUCAGCACCAUCAGGCAAGCAGCUGCACCAGACACUAGCCGAAGUGGAGCGGCUGCUCAAGGAGAUACGGGCCCGUGACCUGGGGGCCCCACGGGCAGUAGCUGAGGCCGAGCUGGCUGAAGCCCAGAGAUUGCUGGCCCAUGUGCAGAAGCAGCUGACUAGCCUCUGGGAGGAGAACCAGGCACUGGCCACUCGCACCCGUGACCAGCUGGCCCAGCACGAGGCUGGCCUCAUGGACCUGCGCGAGGCACUGAACCAGGCAGUAGGCACCACACAGGAGGCUAAGGAGCUGAACAGCCGCAACCAGGAGCGCCUGGAAGAGGCGCUGCAAUGGAAGCAGGAGCUGUCCCAGGACAAUACCACCCUGAAGGCCAUUCUGCAGUCCGCCAGUGACACCCUGGCGCGAGUCUCUGGGCUUCUGCAUGGCAUGGACCAGGCCAAGGAGGAGUUUGAGCACCUCGCUGCCAGCCUGGAUGGGGCGUGGGCGCCACUGCUGCAGAAGAUGCGGGCCUUCUCCCCUGCCAGCAGCAAGGUGGAUUUGGUGGAAGCCGCCGAGGCCCAUGCAGAGCAGCUGGACCAGCUGGCCCUCAACCUGUCCAGCAUCAUCCUCGGUGUUAACCAGGACCGCUUCAUCCAGAGGGCCAUCGAGGCCGCCAAUGCCUACGGCAGCAUCCUGCAAGCCGUGCAGGCUGCUGAGACUGCCUCCGGCCAGGCUCUGCAGCAGGCGAACCACGCGUGGACGACAGUGGUGCAGCGGGGCCUGGCGGCCCGAGGCCAGCAGCUGCUGGACAACAGCAGUGCACUGGAGGAGGCCGUCCUCGGGGAACAGCGGCGACUGGGCCGUGCGCGGGCCAUCCUCCAGGGCACUGGGACCCAGCUUCGAGACGUCCAGGCCAGGAAGGACCAGCUGGCGGCCCAAAUCCAGGAGGUACAGGCCAUGCUGGCCAUGGAUACAGAUGAGACGAGCCAGAAGAUCACUCACGCUAAGGCUGUGGCUGCUGAAGCCCAGGACACAGCUGCCCGUGUGCAGUCCCAGCUGCAGGACAUGCAGAGAAACCUGGAGCACUGGCAGGGCCAGUUUGGGGGCCUGCGGGGCCAGGACCUGGGUCAGGCAGUGCUGGAUGCAGGCCGCUCAGUGUCUACCCUGGAAAAGACACUGCCUCAGCUACUGGCCAAGCUGAGCCUCUUGGAGAACCGUGGGGCACACAACGCCAGCCUGGCCCUGUCCACCAGCAUUGGCCGCGUGCGGGAGCUCAUCGCCCAGGCCCGGGGAGCUGCCAGCAAGGUCAAGGUGCCCAUGAAGUUCAACGGGCGCUCAGGGGUGCAGCUGCGUGCCCCACGGGACCUCUCCGACCUUGCUGCCUACACCGCCCUCAAGUUCUACCUGCAGAGCCCAGAGCCAGCACCCGGGCAGGACGCAGGGGACCACUUUGUGCUGUACAUGGGCAGCCGCCAGGCCACUGGGGACUACAUGGGUGUAUCUCUGCGCAACCAGAAGGUGCACUGGGUGUACCGGCUGGGGGAGGCCGGGCCCACAGCCCUUAGCAUCGAUGAGGAUAUCGGGGAGCAGUUUGCAGCCAUCAGCAUUGACAGAACCCUCCAGUUUGGCCACAUGUCCGUCACGGUGGAGAAGCAAAUGAUCCAUGAGACCAAGGGUGACACUGUGGCCCCUGGGGCAGAGGGGCUGCUCAGUCUGCGGCCUGACGACUUCGUCUUCUACGUGGGGGGGUACCCCAGCAACUUCACGCCCCCCAGCCCGCUUCGCUUCCCUGGCUACCAGGGCUGCAUCGAGAUGGACACACUGAAUGAGGAGGUUGUCAGUCUCUACAACUUUGUGAGGACCUUUCAGCUCAACACGGCCGUGGAUAAGCCUUGUGCCCGGUCCAAGUCGACUGGGGACCCAUGGCUAACAGAUGGCUCCUUCCUGGACGGCUCUGGCUUCGCCCGCAUCAGCUUUGAGAGUCAGAUGAGCAACACCAAGCGCUUCGAGCAGGAGCUACGGCUCGUGUCCUACAGCGGGGUCAUCUUCUUCCUGAAGCACCAGAGCCAGUUCCUGUGCCUGGCGGUGCGUGAGGGCAGCCUCGUGCUUCUCUAUGACUUUGGCACCGGCCUGAGCGAGGCCAUCCCGCUGCAGCCCCCACCACCCCUCUCCGCGGCCAGCAAGGCGAUCCAGGUGUUCCUGCUGGGGGGUGGCCGCAAGCGCGUGCUGGUGCGUGUGGAGCGGGCUACAGUGUUCAGCGUGGAGCAGGACAACGCGCUGGAGCUGGCUGAUGCCUACUACCUGGGGGGCGCACCGCCCGACCAGCUGCCCCCAAGCCUGCGGCGGCUCUUCCCCUUGGGAGGCUCCAUCCGUGGCUGCGUUAAGGGGAUCAAAGCCCUGGGCAAGUAUGUGGACCUCAAGAGGCUGAACACGACAGGCGUCAGCUCCGGCUGCACUGCGGACCUGCUGGUGGGACGUGCCAUGACUUUCAACGGCUACGGCUUCCUGCCCCUGGCGCUCCCUGAUGUGGCACCCCUCAGUGGCGAUGUCUACUCUGGCUUUGGCUUCCGCAGCACCCAGGACACCGGUCUGCUCUACUACCGAGCAUCUCCGGACGGUCCAUGCCAGGUGUCCCUGCAGCAGGGCCAUGUGACCCUCCGGCUUCUAAGGACUGAGGUGAAAACUCGAGGAGGCUUCGCCGAUGGUGCCCCCCACUAUGUUGCCUUCCACAGCAACACCACAGGGGUCUGGCUGUAUGUGGAUGACCAGCUGCAACAGAUGAGAUCCCACCGGGGGACACGCCCUGGGCUGCAGCCCCAGCCUGAGGGGUCACCACGGCUCCUCCUGGGAGGACUGCCUGAGUCUAACACCUUCCACAACUUUAGUGGCUGCAUCAGCAAUGUUUUUGUGCAGCGCCUCAUGGGGCCGCAGCGCGUGUUUGACCUGCAGCAGAAUGUGGGCGGCGUCAACGUGAGCACCGGCUGUGCCCUGGCUCCUCGCAACCAGACCGCAGGGCAGGGGCCACAAGGACUCCGCGCUGCAGCUCGGAAGGCCUCCCGCCGCAGCCGUCAGUCUACCCAGGACCCUGCCUGCACACCACCCCUGCACCUCAGGACCAUCCGAGACACCUACCAGUUUGGGGGGUUCCUGUCCAGUCACCUGGAGUUUGCAGGCGUCCUGGCCCCCUACAGGGACUGGCCCCACCUCUCGCUGCUCGUCCGCCCUCGUGCCCCCCAGGGCCUCGUGCUCUUUGCGGCCCCCCUGACGACCAGCAGCCCCUCCCUGGCACUCUUCUUGAGCCACGGACACUUUGUCGCACAGACGGAAGGCCCUGGGCCUCUGCUCCGCGUCCAGAGCCGCCAGCACUCCCGGGCUGGCCAGUGGCACACGGUGUUGGUGCGCUGGGAGAAGCGUCGAAUCCAGCUGGUGACAAAUGGGAUCCGGGCCUGGAGCCAGGAGAGCCCCCGCCAGCAGCCCCACGGGGAGAAAGAGGGCCCUCGGCCCCACACCCUCUUUGUGGGGGGCCUCCCUACUGGCAGCCACAACACCAAGCUGCCGGUGGCCACCGGCUUCAGUGGCUGUGUGAAGAGACUGAGGCUGGAUGGGCGGCGGCUGGGGGCCCCCACACGGACAGUGGGGGUCACACCUUGCAUCUCAGGCCCCCUGGAGGAGGGCCUGUUCUUCCCUGGCAGUGGGGGAGUUGUCACCCUAGACCCCCUGGGGGCCACGCUGCCUGAUGUGGGCCUGGAGCUGGAGGUGCGGCCCCUGGCAGCCACGGGCCUGAUCUUCCACCUGGGCCAGAUCCAGGGCCCCCCAUACCUGCAGUUGCAGGUGUUGAAGAAGCAGGUCCUGCUGCGGGCAGACGACGGGGCAGGCGAGUUCUCUACAUGGGUGAGGCGCCCCACAGCACUGUGUGAUGGGCAGUGGCACCGUGUGGCAGCUAUCAAAGGCGGGAACAUGCUCCGGCUGGAGGUGGACACACAGAGCAACCACACCAUGGGCCCCUCGCCGGCAGCCUUGGCCGGCGUCCCAGCACCUCUGUACCUCGGGGGCCUGCCUGAGCCCACACCGGCGCAGCCUGGACCACCCACCUGGGCAAGCCCUGGGCCUCCAGCUUACCAUGGCUGCAUGAGGAAGCUGGUGGUGAACAGGUCCCCUGUCGCUGUGACUCACACUGCAGGGGUCCAGGGGGCAGUGGGGGCCAGCGGCUGCCCAGCCCCAUAGUGCAGCUGCCUCCCACCCCCAGCGUGGCUGUGCUCUCCCUCACACUUCUACCACGUGGUGGCAGCAGCAGUCACCUCCGCUGAAGCCCAGCCCAGGCCAGGUGCAGCAGGGACAGGCAGCUGCAGCGGGCUGGCCAGGCAGGCAGGGUCAGGGCCACUGCUGUGGCGCCCGGCUGCCACCUGUCCUGCCUCCUCGAGCCCCUGGCCCUCUACACAGCUUAGAAAUUCACACAGCCCCUCCAUUCACCACCGUAUGUUUCACAGACAGAGUUUGUGUGUGUAUCUAGACUCUAGGUUCUACGGGUGAUAGAUCUUAUUUCUGGAAAUGGUUUAAAUUAUAUCUUUUUUAAAAAAAGGAUAAAACACUGUAAAAUGGGGUUUUUUAUACUUUUUAUCUCCUUUCACCAAUUUUUAAUAGUAUAAAAGAUCUGUAAGUCACUAGUUCCUUCUUAAGACAAAAAUUAAAAAGCACCUUCCCUCUAA